UCGCGACUCCAGCAGCCAGAGCGAACUUGUGCGUUUCGGACGACCCUUCGACAACCCCGACCACUUCGACAACAAAUUCCUCCACCGACCUCCCGGAGUCUGUCGACCGAAGCCUUCGCCAUGGCCGAUAUCGAUAUCAAGAUCGCUCAAUGGAAGCUCGUUGAGAUUGGCCGUGUGGUGCUGAUCCGCCGCGGCCCCUACACCGGCAAGCUGGCCACCAUCGUGGAGAUUGUCGACCACAGACGUGUUCUGGUUGACGGUCCUUCCACCGAGGAGAACAAGAUCGUCCCCCGUCACGUUCUUCCUCUCGCCCACGCCACCCUCACCCACUUCGUCAUUCCCCAGCUUCCCCGUGCUGCCGGUACCGGCCCCGUCAAGAAGCUCUGGCAGAAGAGCGAGAUCGACAGCAAGUGGGCUCAGUCCAGCUUCGCCCAGAAGACCGAGCGUGCUGAGCGCCGGAAGAACCUCAACGACUUCGAGCGUUUCAAGGUCCUGCGCCUCCGGAAGCAGGCUCGCUUCGAGGUCCAGAAGGCUCACGCCAAGCUCAGGGCGGCUGCUCCUAAGUCGUAGAUGGUUUACUUCAUGAGGCUCGGUGCAUAGUGUGAAGGGAGUGCCUUUGGGACGGUUUUACAUUGCUGAGGGUUUAUUUGGUUUCAGCAAAAAAGACGCUGUACGCAUUAUCAUUGGCAGCAUAAAAUGAUUCGAGAACCUUGAUAUCCUGACCAAAGAGGUUACGCUCGUACGUCACAGAAGACGGCACACCUUUCUACUAGUAUUAAGGAGGCUCCGGGUUUACUUAUCUUGACAUCAGCGGGCCAUGCCUUUUUAAUGGAAAUUGGGGAAUGAUCCACAAAAACCAUGAAGGGAAAUCAAGAAAAAACAAAAAACAAACGUAAUUUUCAUGACCAAGCGCUUAUAUUUAAUUUCGUUGUAUUUUUGCGAUUCUAGAAUUGAAAUAGA